CCUGGUCGUGGUCGUCCUCCUCACCGCGGUCGCCUCUCUCACUUCACUCAACUCACUCACUGCUGCUGUCGUACUUGUGGCCACUGCUCUGCUCCCUCCCCUCGCCUCGCCCUCAGAUCCAUCCAGCCCCCGCCGCCCCCCGCAACCGCGACAUCCACCGCCCCAUCCCCCAUGGCCGCCGCCGCCGCAGACCGCCGCUUCAAGAUCUUCGCGGCCGCCGACGCCUUCGGCCAGCCGCUCAAGGACGCCGUCGUCGCGCACCUCCGCGCCCACCCUUCCGUCGCCGACGUCGUCGACCUCGGCGUCGACAAGUACUACGCCGCCGCCGCCGCCGUCGCCCGCAGCGUCAUCGCCACCCCCACCUCCUCCUCCGACCCCGCCCUCGAGGCCCGCGGCGUCGUGGUCUGCGGCACGGGCGCCGGCGUCGCCAUCUUCGCCAACAAGUACCCCGGCGUCUACGCCACUCACUGCGCCACCGCCGCCGACGCCGCCAACACCCGCUCCAUCAACGCCUGCAACGUCCUCGCGCUCUCCGGCCUGGCCACCCCGCCCGACGCCGCCGCCGCCAUCGCCGACGCCUGGCUCGCCACCCCGUUCCGCGCCCCGUGCCCGGCCUCCGGCGACGCCCCCUGGCCCGACGACAUCCAGCGCUUCUUCGACUCCGCGCCCGCCGAGAUGGCCGCCAUCCCCGACAUCUCCUCCGCCUCCGUCCCUGACUCCGCCUGCGCCAUCUGCUGCCUGAGGAAGGGGAUGGAGUUCGAGCCGGUGGGGAUCAUGCCCGGCGGCGAGAUGCGGAUCGUGCGGGAGAGCCCCACGUCGGCGUACGUCCGGUUCAAGGCCGGGAGCGUGGAGCCGGCGCACCACCACACGUUCGGCCACGACCUGGUGGUGAUCAGCGGCAAGAAGAAGGUCUGGAACCUCACCAAGAAGGAGAGCUACGACCUGGUCGACGGCGACUUCCUCUUCACGCCGGCCGGCGACGUGCACCGCGUCAAGUACUUCGAGGACACCGAGUUCUUCAUCCGCUGGGACGGCCAUUGGGACAUCUUCCUCGACGAGGACCUCGACGCCGCGCGCAGAGCCAUCGAUGCGGAGCUUGGAGCAGCAACCGCCAAGUGAGGCUGCCAUGGCCCAUGUGUUGUGAUGAUGAGGUUGUUUGCCAAGGUGCCUCCAUGUCCCCAUUCCUUGUGUUUUAGUACUACCAUGCUUUGUUCUACAGAAUGUUGCUGGUUUGACCUUGAUAUGCUUGUACAAAUAAUAAAAUGUGUAUUGCAAGGUUGCUGGAUCCUUGGUCAAGGUUGAAACUCAUGCCUUUUCACAAUUUUGUGGCAAUUAUGUUGAUUGUUAUGGUUGUCAAUUAUUUAAUGUUAGCUGUUACGCAACCAUGAGAGUGUUUUGGCUUGAAUAGUACUUGAUUC